UUGUUGUUUAGUCGUGUCCGACUCUUUGUGACUCCAUGGACCAGAGCACGCCAGGCACUCCUGUCUUCCACUGCCUCCCACAGUUUGGUCAAACUCAUGUUCGUAGCUUCGAGAACACCAUCCAACCAUCUCGUCCUCUGUCGUCCCCUUCUCCUUGGGCCCUCCAUCUUUCCCAACAUCAGGGUCUUUUCCAGGGAGUCUUCUCUUCUCAUGAGGUGGCCAAAGUCUUGGAGCCUCAGCUUCAGGAUCUGUCCUUCCAGUGAGCACUCAGGGCUGAUUUCCUUAAGAAUGGAGAGGUUUGAUCUUCUUGCAGUCCAUGGGACUCUCAAGAGUCUCCUCCAGCACCAUAAUUCAAAAGCAUCAAUUCUUUGGCGAUCAGCCUUCUUUAUGGUCCAGCUCUCACUUCCAUACAUCACUACUGGGAAAACCAUAGCUUUUACUAUACGCACCUUUGCGUAUACACUCUAGCUUUGGAAAGGGUUAAGAAAAAGGAGAAGAUGGAGCCCAGCUUCCUAGAAAGCCUCCCGAGAAGGAGGGGUGCCAAAAGGACCUUCCUGUGUUAUUAUUGCUAUUCUUCUUAUUCUGCCUCCUUCUCUCCCUCCCUUCUGGGGUUGCAGAGGCCUCCUUUGCUCAGAGGCACACACAGGGAUCUUUGGAAAGGGGCAGAGGUGCUGCUUGCAGGGCGUGCUGGAGGGGGAGAAGCCUGUCCCCUGGCUUGAGAAUGAAACCACCUUCUGGGUCACCCGUCUCUAUCCUCUAAAGAUCUAGCCCUGCAGCCUUUCCUAACGAUUUUGCGUUUUACAGGGCCGAAGCAGCCUCCCUCUCGUUAAGAGGCACAGAGCAAAUCUGUAGAUCCAGCUCCGUUGAGGCGAAAGAGAAAGAGGCCUCUUCGAUGUCUGGAGGAUCAGGGAUGGCAACUGUAGGCUUCCAAUUUCAGCCUUUAUUCGCUCACGAGUUGCCUACAGGAAUUAAAUUGGAAGAGGCAGAAGCCUCUUCAAUUGGAGAAGAACAAGGAGACAAAGGCCGCCAUUUUGUGCAAGCUGGGACGGCCCAAGGCUUUUCCAAAGGUCCGCCACUGCUACAGAUUAAACAGGGACCCGAGGAAGGUUUGGCCCAACACUGGGAAAUCCAGUGGCAUGACUUUUUGAGGGGCCUGCAGCUGCCUCAAGCAGGAUGGCAUAAUCCGCAGCUUCGAUGGGGUGAUAAGGUCUCCAUCGGAGAGGAAGCCCAAAGUGACCGGUGUCCUAGAGCGCAGAGGUUGACCCAAAUCUCACCAGAUCUCAACGUGGAAGCCCCAAAGAGCCUGCAUGCCAGAGGGAGGGAAGAUGCCAAGGUGGAAAGGGGAACUGUCCCGGGUGACAUUAGCGCCGAAAUCCAGCGUAAACGCUUCAGACAUUUCUGCUACCGGGAGAUGGAGGGACCCCGAGAGAUUUGGAGGCGGCUCCGGGAGCUGUGCUGUCAGUGGCUGAAGCCGGAGAAGCACACCAAGGAGCAGAUGGUUGAGAUGCUGGUCCUGGAGCAAUUCUUGGCCGUCUUGCCUCAGGAAAUGCAGGGUUGGGUCAAGGCAGGGGGCGCAGAGAGCUGUGCCGAAGCGGUGGCCCUGGCAGAGGACUUCCUGUUGAGCCAGGAAGAGGAUGAACCUCAGGGAUGGGAACGGAAGGUACCUGAGGAGGAAAAAAGGGAGACUGCUCUGGGUCUCCUCUCACCUUUGGGUAUUCAGUCAGGAUCUUUAUGCAAAGAGGAGGAGGAGGAGGAGAAUGAAGAUGCCAGUCUGCUUGCCAGUGGGGCGCGGCGUCUGAUUUCCUGUGGCUCAUCUCGUCAUCCUGCUCCAGAGCCAACUCAGGGACCGUUGGCCUUCGAGGAGGUGGCGGUUUACUUUGCAGAGGAAGAAUGGGCCUUGCUGGAUCCGGACCAAAGAGUUCUGUACAAGGAGGUCACGUUGGAGAAUUAUGGGAAUAUGGCCUCAUUGGGACUUUUGAUUCCCAAACCAGACCCCAUCCCCUGGCCGGAAGGAAAGGAAGAUUUAUUCACUCAAGACCCUGAGGAAACAGGAAAAGGAGGUUUUGCAGCUGCAAAUGAGAUCAAAGAAGAACCUCCUCCGGUAGAAGGGAUCCCACAUCUGGAAGACGCGCCCCAAGUUUUCCCAGGGGGAUCUCAGGAUGACAUUUUCCUGGCAGCCGAGUACUGUGAAAGCGACGGCACUGCCAGUGAGAGCGAGAUGGGCAGGACGCAUCAAGAUGGCCCUAGGUCAGCCAGUUCUGACGGGAGGUUCCCAGGGGUUUCCUUCAGGGACGUUUCUGUGAAGUCCGAAGCCUUCGAUCAGGGCUACAAGUCCGACAGGCAGCAGUGGCAGCGGGCCGUGAAGAUGUGGGGCAUCUCCAUUCAGGAGGUGGAAACCGCUGUGGCUGAUAACGCCGGCGCGAUCUGUGCAAGAGAGGAGUGCCACAUGUGCCGCAAAUGCGGGCAGGAGUUUGAGCACCAAUCGGGGCUCAUCGUGCACCAGAUGAUCCACACGGCCGAGAGGCCCUACGAGUGCCUCGAGUGCGGGAAGAGCUUCUGCCAGAGGGAGAACCUUCUUGCACACCAGAGAAUCCACUUGGGGGAGAGGCCUUAUGAGUGCCCACAGUGCGGAAAGAGCUUCAGCACGCGGUCGCAUCUUAUCACCCACCAGAGGAUCCACACGGGGGAGAAGCCGUACGAGUGUUUGCACUGUGCGAAGAGCUUCAGCAACAAGUCCUCACUCGUCACCCACCAGAGGAUCCAUACUGGGGAGAAGCCUUACGAGUGUCCGCAGUGCGGGAAGAGCUUCUGCCAGAGCGGGCAGCUGAUCCGACACCAGAGAAUCCACACGGGAGAGAAGCCCUACGCUUGCCUACAGUGUGGGAAAUGCUUCUGCCAGAGAGGACAGCUGAUUCGACACCAGAGGAUGCACACGGGGGAGAAGCCUUACGAGUGCCUUCAGUGCGGGAAAAACUUCAGCAGGAAGUCAUACCUUGACAUUCACCUGCGGAUGCACACAGGAGAGAAGCCUUACGGGUGCCCCGAGUGCGGGAAAAGCUUCUGCCAGAGUGCCCAGUUGAUCCGGCACCAGCGAAUCCACACAGGGGAGAAGCCAUUCGCGUGUUCUGAGUGUGGGAAAAGCUUCUUCCAGAAGGAGAAGCUGGUAAGACACCAGAGAACUCAUGCGGAAUCAAAACCGCAUGAAUGCUCAAAGUGCCAAAAAACCUUCCCCCAGAAAGAUAAGCUCAUGCAUCAUCAGAAAACCCAUGCAGGGCUUGACACCUUAUGAAUGUUUCCUCUUUUUUAAAAAAACAAAACCCUGCUCCCAAAGUGUAAUAAGUUUUGGGCAAAAUGCAUCACGUUUCAGAAUCAUUCGAGACCGAUGUUGGAGAAGGUUUCUGCUGUAAUUUGGGGCUUACCAAAUAUAAGGAUAAAUACAGAAGAGAGAAACAGAGUCUUGCUGGAUCAAACCAGGCCUGCUGUCUACUCCUGAAAUUGAGGCAUUGAGGUGAUGACAGUCGCCAUUCGAAUCCUCUUGGUUGGUUGGGAGAACAUUCUUACACAUCGGAGAAUCCACACAGAAAAGGGCCCUUUCUGAAGCAGCUUGGAACAAGGGGCAGAUUUUCCUCAGUGGUGCCGUGAAGUAACUUUGGUCUCUGGACGUCAUAGACAUCCCUCCUCCAUUUCUUAGAUGGGAACGUGAAUUUACUUCAAAACACAGUGAGCCAUCCCUGCUGAGUUCGGGGCCCUCUGGCCCUUCGAGCUGUAUGGCGCCUUGGAUUCCUCCCCAUGGGACAGAACUCCUUUUCACAUUAAAACCAAAAGCAGCUGAAAAUAAGUGUAAAAUGUCACUUAGAACGUAGACAUUUGCAGGUUGGAUGUGUAAAGUAUUGACGUAUUUCUCCUGUUGUCAUCCCCCUCCCUCACAUGAGGUAUCUCUCCCACAGUCUCCUCUUCCGUUAUCUUUUAUUUGCACAAAAUCUAGUCCAGCAUCCUGUUUUCACAGUGGCCAACCAGAUACCUUGGUGUGGGGUUGGGGACACAAGCUUUUGCAUUAUGGUGAACCAACGCAGGGCACCCGCUCACCCAACAGUUACCGGAUUUCAGCAGGAAGCUCUGGGUGCCUGUGCAAAAUGGGAGCAAAGCAGUUUGCCCUUUUUCAGGUGCGAGUAGUACUGAAAGCGGGUUGUGUCCGCUCCCCUCUCCCCCAAUACAUUUGCGGAAGGAAACGAGUCCACGCUGUGGUUAGGGUUAAGUUCAAGAGCCCAUGUUGAUCGAAGGAAGGUGAUUAUGUUGGAGGGACGUGAUCAAUCAGGCAGAGGGUCUCCCCUGCGGAUCAAAAGCAAACCGGCCGGCAUUUUAAAAUGCUGUCAAAACCAGGGCCGCAAAAAGCCACAAAGCAGACAGUUCCAACUGCAAUGCAUGAAAAUAUACAAUUGUGGUCAGGCACUAGCAGCUUGCUUAAAACGGUUAUUCCCCAUGCUUUCCUUUACACCUAAUUCGCAGGUGUUGAUGUCCUCUCCCUUCUGCCUUCAUCCAAACUUUUCCUUGGACAAGCAGAAACAGAGGAGGGACAAGGCCUUUGUAGCUAAAGGUCCUUUCUCAUGAAGGUCCUUUAAGGACAUCUGGAGAAGCCCUUAAAGGCAUCCAGUAACUGUCUCAGAUUAGGCCUGCCUCUUUCAAUGUUGGGGGAAGCCUGUCCCAGAUUGUUGUAUUCGUGUUGUCCUGAUUUUUGUCACUAUAUCAUUGUUUUUCCUCAUUAGCUGUACCGUGCUUCUGAAUUCUGCCUUUGAAUCGGCGUUGUUCUUUGGUUCUGGAUAAGAACACACAGUCCUUUUUCUCUGGGGGGACGCAGGGGUAUGCAUACCCCUAAACAUUUUGUGAAUCUUUUCCCAUUUACUGUAUUCAUUUCCCCCGAUUUGAACUAUAAAAUUGUGGUUUUCCUGAGUCAAAAUGAGAGUACCCCUAUACAUUUUUUUAAAGAAAAAAAGCACUGAGAACAGAUAUUCCAAUUCUUACAAAAACUAAAAGCUGUUCCAUCUGCUGACAUCUGCUUACACCAGGGGUCAGCAACAUUUUUUGAGGCGGGGCUGGUCCCACUCCCCAGCAGACCUCUUAGUGGGCCAGAGCGUGCUCGUGCGUACAUUCAAGCUAUUUCCGGCGCUCUUCCAGGUCAGAAGAGCACUGGAAAUAGCGUGUGCGUAUACGCAUGGGCGUUCCUCUGUCCCGGAAGUGCGCCGGAAAUAGAGUGUGCAGGCACUCCCAUACGCGUGCACACACGCUUUUUCUGGUGCACUUCCAGGACGGAGGAACACCCGUGUGCAUGUCCACAUGCUAUUUCCGGCGCUCUUCCAACCCAGAAGUCAGUCCCCGCAGCGAGGAAAAAAAUGGUGCCGUGGGGG